AUGCCUGCCACUGGGUACAGAGGUAUGCCAGCUAGUGGUCCCAUCGCCCCUUACGCCUUCACAUCCACGCCACAGUUGGCCACCAGCAAUGUCAAUGCCAAUACCAAUGCACGCCCAUUUGCUCUGAACACAGGGCGGUCGAUCUCUUCUCCAAAAGCCCCUCAACCAAGUCUGUCUCCAUCCUCGCAACCCUCCUCUCCAAUUAGCCUUUCACAUGUCGAUGCUGGAAAUCGUCCUCUGUCGUUGGGACUUCCGCCUAUACCCUCCGGCUCUUUCAUGACUGCUCAGUCGACAACUACUGCUCCUAAGCCGUCGCCAGAUCGUUAUCGAAGAAACGGGCGGCGAAGCGAUGGAGAGAACGGCUCCAAUCGUGCCCCUUCAGGUUCCACUCUGCCUUCGGGCUCUGGAAUGGCAGCAGUUGGCUCCCUUUACAAUCACCCUGCUCAAUCAAAUAGCACACCAUCCCUUCAUUCUCAGCACUCGUACAGAAACUCACCACAAGGGAACAACUUUCAGCCCAAGAACUCGAGUGCUGAUGAUCUCCAAUUGGUUCGACCCCAACCCGCGGAGCUGGCUGCAAGAUAUCGGAGGCGCAGUUUCGGCAGCAUUGAGACGGCCGGUCUCAACCAUGCCUCUGAUACCCAAGAAUCCGCCUCUCCUCAUCCGAAGGCAUUCCUCGAUCCUUCGUCGAGUCAAGCAGGUGUUUUGCUCCCGCCGCAACGACCCAUUCAUCACAGACACAACUCUAGCUCUGACAGUGUGGCUUCCUCGAAGUCUGCUCGAUCAUCUCGACCCGGCUCAUCCCGAACAGAACAGCCGACCAUGGCCGCCGCUUCCAGCCCACUCUCUUCCCCCAAGCAAGAGCCGAGACUUGCUGCACCAUCUCGCCCCGGAGACUCAAGCAUUCGCCAUCCGUCUCCUUUAUCGCGGCCCGUCAACAUCCACCCUGAAAGUCUAGACGAAGGGCUUCCAGCGGCAUCGGCCACGACUCCUCACAUCGGUGUCCCACCAAGCCCUGCUGCUGAACAGCUCGCUGCGGUGAGCAAGAAGGACUUCAAGAAGCCUAAAUCGAAACUGCGGCGGGCGUUCUCUUUCGGAAGCGCAGCGGAACUUAGAAAGGCUACUGCACAACACAAUCUGGAGAAGAGUGUGGCCAACAACCAGACAUCCAAGAGGAACUCAAAAUAUGAGGAUGAAUUGGAGCCUGAGCAAGCACGCAUAGCAGAGAAGCAAGAGGCCGCAGGAUUGGGCGAAAGCAUUUAUUCUGGUCAGGGCAACUUCUUUACCGGCUCGACUGACAAUUUAUCCAUUUCUUCGACGGCUUCUUCGGCUUCGAUUAUGCUCCGUAAAAUGGGCAAAGGAGUCAAGAAGGGCACUCGCUCUCUGGUCGGCUUGUUUCGACCGAAGUCUGUGGUUGGUGUACCUGCUGCCGAUGCGCCCGUGACCUCAGCGACUAUAGCAGAAGUGUCAAUGGUCACUGUUGAGGCAGAAAGAGAGAACGUCAACGUCAACAUCAAUCCCCACGAGCAGGCGGGAGGCGGCACUGGAUUCCCCAAAUUGGAGCGCAACUCCAUCGACACCAAACUUUCCUUUGAAAGUGGUACCGUGUCCAGUGACACGCGAUCACGACGAAGCAUUGUUGGCGGGGAGAAGGAGCGUGCCGAGGUCCUCGCUGCUGUCAAGAAAGGCAUCCUCAAGCGGAACGAUUCGAACCAACCGUCGCCCAAGGUCAAACCAUACGACUACAAGGCUCCCGAUUUCAACCUGCCCCAAAUACCUCAUAUGACCGACUCGCCCAAAUCAAGUGCUCCCAGUACACCUGCGGAUGAACCACCGCGAUCUGGUCAUCGCCGCACUGACUCGAUCACCAUUGAAAGCAACGAUCAUGACGAUUAUUUUACUUCCAUGACUAGACUUGGCAGUUUAGACUCGAAGAAUACACCGGUGACCCCUCAGGGUCUAAUUCGCAACAUUUCAUUCAGCCCACGAAUUCAGUUUUAUGAUACUUGGCCCAGUGGAGAGUACGAUCGACGGGGUGAGAUAGCAACUUGCAAUCGAUUGACUCCGAUGCUGGCACAGCAGAUCAAAGAGGAGCUCAACACCUUCAAAAUGGAAAUGGAGGUUCAUGAGUCAUCGAAAGUCUACACGCAUUUCUUCUAG